AGAAUACACAACCAACGAAAAUCCACAUUAGAAACAGUCCCUGAGGUUUCCGUUAUCCUAAAUGCCGCCGUGUCUGUGUCUUCCCGCCACUCACUCUCUCCUCUCCACGCGCCACCGCUUUCGUCUCCUAAAACCACCUAAUGCUUCCUCACAGAUAUCCUUUAACUCACCAUUACCCAAUCAAACCUCAAACCCGAAAACCACUGGAGUCAUUGUCAUCGGUGGUGGCUUAGCUGGCUUAGCAGCUGCCACGCGUCUUCAAGCCGACAACAUCCCAUUUCUCCUUCUAGAAGCUUCUGAUGCUGUUGGUGGUCGUGUUCGCACAGACAUAAUUGACGGUUAUACCCUUGAUCGUGGUUUUCAAAUUUUCAUCACUGGUUACCCUGAGGCUAGAAAGAUCCUUGAUUAUGACUCGUUAGACCUCAGAAAAUUCUAUUCUGGGGCGCAGGUUUACUAUGGUGGUCGCUUCCAUACUGUUGCUGAUCCUCUAAGGCACUUUUCUGAUUCUCUGCAAUCUUUAACCAACCCAAUUGGUUCAGUUGUUGAUAAAUUACUUAUCGGAUUGACUAGAUUGAAAGUUUUGACGAAAGAAGAUGAUGAAAUAUUGACUGAUGAAGAAGUUCCUACGAUUGAUUUAUUGAAAAAGAUUGGUUUUUCUGAUGCGAUAUUAGAAAGGUUCUUUCGACCCUUUUUUGGCGGGAUUUUCUUUGAUAGAGAGUUACAAACGACGUCGCGGCUGUUUAAUUUUAUCUUCAAAUGCUUAGCUCUUGGUGACAACACACUUCCAGCUAAGGGCAUUGCUGCCAUUCCAGAACAAUUGGCGUCGAACUUGCCAUUGAAGUCGAUAUUGUUUAAUACACGAGUUGUUUCUGUUGAUUCGGUAUCGAAUUCGAGCUCGAGAAUAAGAGUGAAAUUACAAAAUGGAGAAAUGUUGGAAAGUGAAUUUGGGGUAAUUUUGGCAGUUGAAGAGCCUGAAGCAGUUAAGUUAUUGAAGGGAAAAAUGGCGGGAGAGAAAACCGCUGAGGUUCGGGAACCGGUUCGGAGCACGGUUUGUUUGUAUUUUUCAGCUGACCAAGAAAAAGUUCCGGUUCGGGACCCGGUUCUUCUUCUUAACGGGUCGGGUAAAGGGAUAGUAAAUAACAUGUUCUUCGCGACCAAUGUUGCUCCCUCAUAUGCUCCAGCGGGGAAGGCACUUGUUUCUGUCACGCUUGUGGGGCUUUAUGGUGACGUGGCGGAUGAGGAUUUGGUGGACCGGGUUAUGAAGGAGCUAUCGGGUUGGUUUGGAGAGUCGGUAGUUGGAUCGUGGAGUUACUUGAGAAUGUACCGGAUUGGGUUUGCCCAACCGAACCAAUGCCCACCUACUAACUUGAAGAAGAACCCGAAAAUAAAACCGGGGUUGUACAUUUGUGGAGAUUAUGUGACUAGUGCUACCUUUGAUGGAGCUUUGGUUUCUGGGAAAAAAGCAGCAGAAACUUUGUUACAAGAUAGAGUCUUGGUUAAUGUAUAGCUUAAUUUUGGUUGAGUUUCUUCAGUUGUGUAAAAGUAGAAGUUUUCUGAUGUUCCUGAUUUAUUUGUAUAUGAUUCAUAAACAUUUAUAGCUCAUUUUGAUGCAAUAGUUGGCCUUUUUGGUUUUUCAUCAAGUGUACUCAAUUGUAUCGAGAAAGAAGACAAUAUGGUUUGACUUA